AUGCGUUUCCUCCUCGCCAUUCUGGCAGCGAUAUCGAUCGUCGCGGCGACAAUCCUCGAGAAUGGCCAGCCCAGACUCAAGCCGUAUCCCGGACAGGCUCAGCUGCUAGGAUCUGAGGUUGCUGAAGGGUGGAAGACUUAUGGAGCAGGCGCGGACGAAAUAUCGUACAAGGGUAGAUGGGAUAAGGAGCAUGUGUCUUGGUGGUCGGCUGCCGGAAUCAAGUUCGCAUUUACUGGCAAGAAACUCGCGUUAAGCUUCGGUAACCAUACUUCGGAUGGUGUUUUGGUUGCCUAUCGAGUCGGAGGCCAGGAUUGGCAGUUCGCAAAUGUCACUGCAAAUAAUUCGUAUCAGUUUGUUGGGCCUUGGACAACCGGUGUCAAUUUCACGGAGGCGGCUGGGCACAAAACAUUCGAACUCAGAGUGCAGUUGACCGGUGUCGCAGUUGACCUAGGUGCUGCUUUGUACAAUGUACAGCCGUUCCCGAAGAUGGUUGAGGUCAUUGGCGACUCUUUGAGCUCGGGCGAUUUUGCAACAUAUGAAGGACUGUCUUCGUGGGCGUACCUCUUUGCUGCAGGACUGGGCAACGUUGAAUAUCAUCUCACGGCGUACCCAGGAAUUUGCUUGGUGGAUCAAAACUGUUGGGGUAAUCCCAGGGGCCAGAUACACCAAUGGUACAGGGUUAGCGAUACAUCGCCGCGGGCUGCCCAGAUCCAUGGAGAGAAUGCUCCAGAAUGGGACUUCAAAGCGCAACAACCCGCAGAUCUUGUUGUCAUUAACAUUGGGACAAACGACAAUAACGAAAUGAACAAUGUAUCAAGCACCGACUACUACAACGACUAUGUGAAGCUGGUGGGCGACGUUCAUAGGAUAUGGCCAGAGGCUCAGAUCGUUCUUAUGUCUCUAUGGGGUGGCUUCGGAGCUUCGGGUGAUACAUACGUCCAAGGCCCACUGUUCGUGGAGGAGAUCCGCAAUGUCUACGAGUUAUUCCAGGAUAACGGAACUUUUGUCCACUAUUUCGACACUACUGGCAUCCUGCAGCAGAACGAUAUAGGGCCGAUGUGGCAUCCAACGGAUGUCGGCCAUAUCAAGAUUGCAGCGCACUUUAUGCAGUGGGUGAAGAUCAAGUUUGGAUGGGAGAUGGCGGCUACGGGGCCAAUGGUGCAUAGUGGAACGCUUUACUGGAAUGAUCAGGAGAGUUAUUGA